CAUAUUUGGAGUCAUUUAUUGCAUAUGCGAUAUAAAAGCGAUACAUAAUUUCCAUUUACUAAAGUAUUUAUUAUAGAGAAUAUUGUCAAUAUAGUUCCUAUAAACAGUCCGUUGGCUGGGUCUUCUCUCAAUCCCCUUACAGCAUAAACAAUCUUCUUCUUUUUUUCCCUCGAUCAUUCAACUGCAUUUUAUUAACAAAAUGACCUUUACUAUUGAACCUAUCGUACCUUCAGCUAAACAAUCGGGUGUUGACUUUGGUGCAAUCAUAAAUGAUCUUGACCUUGAAAAGAUAACACCUGAAGACUUUGAUAAAUUAUAUGAAGCAGUCUAUACAUACCAAGUCGUUGUUGUAAGAAACCAAGGCCAUGUUACUCCUCAUACCCAGUAUGAGCUAACCAAACGCUUCGACCCACAAAACAUUGACAUGUAUGGCCACGGCGGCAUGUACCGUGCUUCUGAAUCUGUUAUUGCAAGAGAUAUAUCGCCUUUACCAGUACAGCCUCAGGUGCAACUGUUGGGCAAUGGUAUAGUUCGAAAUCACUGUGGUAUUGAUGAAAAAAAACUGGUCCAUCCUAGUCAUACCGUUUUCCACAAGACACCUCUAACAAAGGAACAAAUGGAUGCUGGCUACACUCGAUUUUACCGUUGGCAUAUGGACGCCGCUCUUUAUAAGCUAAAUCCUCCCAAAGUAACAACUUUGUUUGGUAUUAAAAAUCCUAGUUCAAGAAGGGAAGUUGUUCGAUAUGAUGAUGGAACAGGUGAUGAACUAGAAGUUCAGCUAGGCACUACAGCUUUCAUUUCUGGACAAAAAGCGUUCGAGAUUCUGUCUCCUGAGAUGAAAGAGCUCGCAUUUAAAACUCAGGUGAAAUAUGCAGCACAUCCUUAUGUUUGGAUUUCAAAAGCAAAAGCCCAUUCCACAGGUUUAGGCAUGGUAUCAGAAGGAAAAGAACUUCCAAAGGAAGAAUUACCUCCAAUUGAUGAAAAGGAUAUAAAAAUAUAUCCAAUGUUAUGGAAGAAUCCAGUGACUAACAAGAUUCAUUUGCAAGUUCAUCCUGCAGCCGUGGAAGAUUUAAUUAUUGACGGAAAGCCGGUUGGUGACUUGGAGAAAGUCCGAGAGCUCAUCUAUAAAAUUCAGAGGCCAGGCAUCAGUCCUGAAAAUGUCUAUGCUCAUGAAUGGAAGGAUGGUGAUUUUGUUAUCUUCCAUAACCGUGGUGUUCUUCACUCAGUCGUGGGUAGUUUGAGAGAAGAUGAUUUUAGGUUAUUUCAUCAGUGCAAUAUUGCAAGUGCAGAUGAACCAGUGCCUGUUACAGAACAAGACUUUGCGCCCUAUAAACAUAACUGAUUGAUACAAAUAAACAAUUCGUACAUUUUCUUGUCCACUUUCUUUUUGUUUUAUAGGAAAAAUUAUAUGCACGAAAAAAGCCCACGGCAAAGUGGCUAAUGGUAUGGGUGCUUCCAUGGGGCGCUAACUGUCAUUUCAUUUUACAACUUCACACUA